CAAAGUACCCUUAAUAAUACUUUACUGCAAUCACACCACCAACAGCACUGCUUUGGCAGUGAAAGUGCAUGUACUUUAGAAGGGAAGGUACUUUUGGGGCACGGUCUGUAAAGAGGAAAUGUGACCGCACUAAAAUGCUCAGCAAAAAGGAAACUGAGAGCAAAAGGCAUCUGAAGGGAUAUAUAACUGUCACUUAGUUAGACAAACUGCUUUGAAGGAGUAAUGGAAUGGAGGGGUUCAGACAGCUUUCGUAGUCUUGUGAUGGAAUCUUCAGUAAUAACAUUAACAGUUAGCUAGAUAGUUAACGAGGUCUUAACAUGACCAAAUACAGUCCUUCUGUGAAGUUCUCUUGAUAUUUGCAAUCCACUUGAUGACGGACAAUUUUUCAAGUUUACACAUCUUAUGAUAUUACUGCUGUGUUCAAUUCAAGAGGGUGGGGCAGGAAGCAUGCUUAAACUAAACGCUUCAUAAAAGAGGAAGAUACUUUCUUGGCUUGUUGACUGGAGCAGGGUAGCUGCCUGUCUGAGGACUAACCGACUCAUCAGAGGGCUCUGCUGGAAGGUUGCCCAACAGAAUAGAGAACACGGCCAUUCUUCUAAAUCCCACACCUCAUCACAUUCUCACUGUGUGUGUGUGAACGGAGGAGAGAACAGAGAGGGCCGUUGGAGAGAGAACCAUUGGAGGAGGAUGAAGUCCAUCAAAUUGGAUCAUUCGGCGACAGUCGAUGAGCUUACUGAUGCCUGCAUCAAAGCAUUUGAUGAUGAAGGCAGGCUAAAUGAUGAGUCUCUGGUCCGGAUGUUUCUCAUGAUGCAUCCCUGGUACCUCUCCUCUGCUGACCUGGCCAAGAAACUCUCCAACAAGUCGCUGGAGGAAAACUGUCUGCCUGAACUCAGGUCACAAAUCUGCCAUCUUAUCAAGUACUGGAUCAGCGAGUUCCCAGCAGAGUUUGACCUGAACCCAGAGCUGGCAGAGCAGAUCAGAGGGCUGAAGGAGCAGCUGGCCCUGCAGGGAGAGGAGCACCAGAGCACACUCAUCAACGUUGACAGUGUGCCGUCAUAUGAGUGGAGAAGGCAGGUGAGCCAACCAGCUCGGUCUGAUUUCAAGAAGAGGAAGACGUCUCUCCUCUUUGAUCACCUGGACGCAUCUGAACUAGCAGAGCACCUCACCUACAUGGAGUAUAAAUCAUUCUGUAGGAUACUGUUCCAGGACUACCACAGCUUUGUGAUGCAUGGCUGCACGGUGGAUAACCCCAUCCUGGAGCGCUUCAUCACCCUCUUCAACAGCGUGUCUCAGUGGAUCCAGCUGAUGGUGCUCAGCAAGCCCACCGCCCCCCAGAGGGCUGCAGUCAUGUCCCACUUUAUUAGGGUCGCACAGAGGUUGUUACAGCUGCAGAACUUCAACACUCUGAUGGCAGUAGUGGGGGGUCUCAGUAACAGCUCCAUCUCACGCCUCAAAGACACACAGUCACACAUCAGCAACGAUGUGAGCAAGGCGUUCAACAACCUGGUGGAGCUUGUGACGUCCUGUGGGAACUAUAGCCAGUACCGCCAGCGCUUCUCAGAGAGCACAGGCUUCCGUUUCCCCAUCCUGGGCGUGCACCUCAAGGACCUGAUCGCUGUGCACGUGGCCCUGCCCGACUGGAGCGACCAGGAAAAGACGCAGGUCAACCUGGCCAAGACCCAGCAGCUGUAUGCCAUCCUCCAGGAGCUUGCGCUGAUCCAGACCACGCCACCCAGCGUCGACGCCAACAGGGACCUGCUCAACCUGCUCAUGGUGUCUCUGGACCAGUACCACUCAGAGGAAGAGAUCUAUCAGCUGUCCCUGCAGAGGGAACCCCGCACUGCCAGGCCAUUGUCUACCACGAGCCCACCUCUGAUAGAGGAGUGGGCAUCUUCAGUGAAGCCCAAAGCUGACCCCGCCAUCAUCAGCAAACACAUACAGAAGAUGGUAGAGUCGGUGUUUAAGAAUUUCGACACUGAUAGAGACGGUUACGUCUCUCAAGAUGAAUUUGAGAUCAUUAGGACCAACUUCCCAUACCUCUGCAAGUUUGACGACCUGGAUAAGAAUCAGGACGGCAGAGUCAGUCAGGAGGAGAUGAUCGACUACUUCACCAAGGCUAACUCUUUACUGAACAGCAAGAUGGGGUACAUCCACACGUUUUCAGAGAAGAGCUGCAUGAAGCCUAUGCUUUGCCAUCACUGUAAAGGCAUUAUGUGGGGAAUUUACAAACAAAGAUACAAGUGUAAAGCCUGUGGGGUGAGCUGCCACAAAGAUUGUCGCAGCCGCCUUGCUGUGGAGUGCCGCAAACGAACACAGAGCACCUGUCACGAAUACCAUUCACCCCAACACUCCCGUUCCUUCAGUGUGCCUGCUAUAGCUCAGCCACUACACGCUAUGCAACACACAGUCAUUACAGAGGAAGCUCCUGACUCCCUGGGGGAUGAAGUGUUUGAUGUCCACCUUUGAGGAGAAUGAAGACCAACGUUGAGGACAAAAACAACAAAGACUGGCCAUGUUGCCGACAGCAAUGGCACUCAGAAGAUCUCAGUGUGAUAGAAACGUAAUUGCUCCUGUUUGAAGAUACAACGCAUGUUAGGAACAUUCCAAUUUUCCAGUUUAAGGGCAUUUCGCAUCUGAGGAAGGAUUGUAUACAUUUUCUGAUUGAUUCAUCCUUCAUUCUCUCAGCCUUUUCAAACAUCAUAUUAUUUGCUCAGCGCUUUCACAGUAGGUAAACCUAUAGUAGAUGCAUAUCUCUGUGUGUGUUUGUAUGUGGUUCAUGAACGCAGAAGAUUGCUUCUCCACUAGAUGAGGCUGUUUGUGUGUCGCAACUCUGGAUAUUGUAGACUACCACUGCCUUUUUACAUUCGCUGUUUUUGGUGUUGCCCUGUUUGUGUGGUCUAGUUGAGUAAAGACAUGUGGGAGUGGAUUGUUAGUGACAAGAUAAAUUGAGGUUCUCUCCUCAA